AAUUAGCGCAAUGUGGACAAAACAUGGCAGGCGAAAGAUUUGUGGGGUUCACAAUGGGGUUGUCGGUAUCGGGUUCGGCGACCGGCAGGUGCUGCCUCGCGUAGGCGACGCACGGAAGCGCGACUCGCGACCGUCCUGUUUACGUGCGGUAGCGCUAUAAAAGCCCAGAAAAAACAAACAUGUCGGUAUGGUAGUAUGGCGUCGGGUAGCGAGAGUGCCAAAAAUCCGGGCGGUCCGUCGCCCGCCGGGGAGGAAUCGUCGGAAAGUGAUGGGGAAACGGAACCGGCCAAGUCGUUUCACAGGCGAUUGUCGACGAACCGCGAUAUUAACAGCUCGAACCGUAACGUUCGUACUUUCGCCCAGGAGGAAGUUUUAAUUAACGACCGAAAUUUCGUUGGCGUAUGCAAUUCGGAGGCGCAUCUCCCGAUGCACGUGGAACCGUCUGGCAAGUUCCAGUUCAAGAGCCUCGUGGGCGUUUGUUCUCCGGGAAGAGGUCCUGGUUUCGGUUGA